AUGACCGAUAAACAACCUUCUGAUGUCACCAUAGACUUGAUAAACCAGGUGAUAGAAACAAACUCUGGUAGAGGGUUUGGUCCUGGACAUUUUGAAGGCUUUCAAAACGAUUCCGAACACAAUUCUUUUGGGUGUCAAGGACAUGGAAACCACUUGAACAGUCUUACACCUCUUCGUUGUGUUGAGCAAUACUUGCCUGAUCAUUUGAUAAAACAUAUUAUUCACUUGUCCAAUGAUCCUACUAUUCCUUGUACUACUGAAGAUCCUGAACCCUCAGACCAUAUCAAAGCUUGGUACACCUCGCCACCAGCUGAUAAUGAGCACAAUGAUGAUGAUUCACAUGAUGACGAAGACACUAUCAUUCCAUGUUCGAGUCAAGAAUCUGAAGAUGAACAGGAUGACUCUUCCUCUGCAACACACACAGCAAAUAUCACCGUGUCUGACCUAUACCUAUAUUUGGCAACUGUUAUUGCCAUCAUGCUUGCUCCUCAACCUGAGCUCACAGAUUACUUCUCAACAAGUGUAUUCUUUGGUAACGAAUUCAUAAAAAGUAUUUGGAGUGGCAGAGAUCAUUUCCUUUCAGUUCAUAGAAGUAUUCGUGUCAACCCUCACUAUUUUACCAGAGUGUUCAAUCAAAUUUCUUUGAUAAUUUGGAAACCCUUCCCGAACGUCACAGUUGAUGAAACAUUGAUACAAUUCACGGGCAGAUUUAAAUUUAAACAACACAUCAAAGGAAAACCUGAAGACACUGGUAUUAAGUUUUAUAUGAUGGCCGACGACUUGUGGUUCGUGAUAAGGUUGUGGCCUUACACAGGUCAUCAACCACAAGUUCAUAUCUUAGUGAUGGAUUUUGUUUCCUUCUUACCUUCUCAUGAGUACAAUAUUUGCACUGAUUCCUACUUUGGCCACCACAAGACGGCCCUACUAUUGAAUUACCACAAAUUCCGGUUUACGAUGAUUUGUCCCAAAAACAGAUUAGAAGAAGAAUGCAAAAACUUACUCUCAAGGUAUACAUUAUCAAAAGGUGAAUGGAUUGGUGUCACUAAUGGAGAUUAUGUCGCAAUUCAUUACAAAGACAAAAAACAAAUUACUUUUCUUUCCAACAUGGUUACUUUGAAGAAAAGCAAGAACAAGAAGAAAGGAGCUCCUAAAGUAAAAGAGCUCUAUGAGAAGAAGCAUGUGAACGUAGAUGUGGCUGAUAGAUAUGCACAUAUGUAUCCCGGUUGCCAUCGGGUCAACAAGUGGACUCAAGCAGCAUGGAUGGGAAUUUUCCGAAUUGUACUCGCAAAUUCAUGGAUUUUCUAUAAGAAAGCCAAAAACACUGAUAUUGAUUACAAAUCAUUCCUGAUGAGAGUGGCUGUCGGAUUUGCCCAAAAAGCAGGUGCUGAUCUUGAUGAUGAAGGAAAAAAACUAUAUGAUGUUCAUAUGAUUCAAAGAGUGCAUGAUCGUCAUGGCCAUCAUUGCCAUCAUUGCAAUAAGUAUCCAACACACACAAAGUGCUCACAAUGUGAUGAGUGGCAACAACAACAAUUCCGAACAAGCUUUGGCAUGUUAUCCUUGAACGAAAUGAAUUCAAAUGUGGAGCUAGACAACCAAUCCACAUCAACUUACACCCACGAAAUGAAUUCUGAUCUUCAUCUUCUCUAUGACUAUCUUACCGAUAUAAAAUUCACACCAUCAGACAUCAAUUCAGUAAUUCGUAUUUUUGAAGAAAAUGCUAUCAGAAGUAUUGCUGUUCUAAAUUUAUUUGAUGAUGAAGAGAUCAUGUCAUUUGCACUUCCAAAAUCCAUCAUCAAAGCAGUGAUUUCUUUCCGAAUGCAAUCCGAAAAUGAUAAAUCCAAACCAAAGAUUUCACGUAAAAACAAGAUUAUGACUGAAGAUGAUGUCAAACAAAUGUUCAUAACAAAAGAGCUUGAAUGGAAUCAAAAAUUCGCAAAACAUAACAUUGAAGUGAAAUUUUUCUCCACAAAGGGCAAAUAUUACUGCCCCAUUCGUGAUAACUAUUUUACACUACCACCUAAUGCAAAAAUUAGUAAUGCAUCGAGUACAUAUAAGGGUUUAUCACGAAAAACUUCAUCUAUUUCAAUUGAAAAAUCCAAAAUAAUUGCUCGUCUAGCUAAAUUUUAUGAAGCAACUAAAUCUUUGAAUGAAAAGCAAGCAAAAUCUGUAGCAGAAAAAGCAUUAUUGAAUUAUGAUUUAAUUGAGGAACUAAAGAAAUGGGAGAGCUCUCCUGAAGGUAAAAAACGAAAAUUUGUGGAAUCGUUCGCAUCUUCCUCAAAGAAAAAGAAACAAAUCAAUGAUGAAGACAACGAUAACAAUACCGACAUCGAAGAUGAUAAUGAGUCAAUUUAUACUUCGACUUCAAGAACCCAAUUACACGCGCACAAAUAUGAAGUAUUGCAGAGCCUGGUAUUAGAAAAAGAUGAUAAUACUUCUCAUGAAAUUCUUAAUAAUAUCACAGAUCUAUUGAACACUCCUAUUCAAUCUCUCUCGACAAUACAACUAACAAAAAUUGAAAUGAUUGAAAAUAUUCUCAAACAGCGACCAAGAUUCUCUCAAGAAGUGACAGCUGCUUUAAAUUUUGCUCACCAUCACCAAAAUCCAUCAAAAGCAUUUAAAACGAUAGGAAUCCCUCUCCCGAGUACACAGACCUUGAAAAGAAAUAGAAUGGUGUUGAUGAAUAGUUUUUUGGAUGAUUUAUUGGAUGAUGCAUUAACCUUUUUCAAUAUUCAAAAUAAUUGUCAUAUUGGGUGUUUAAGUAUUGACGCUACCGCCAUUAAUCAAGAAAUCACCAUUAAUCACCAAAAAAACAUGAUUUUUGGAUUUGAAGAACACAUUUCAAUAACACACAUAGAAGACUGGCAAGAAUUUCUGAAAGGUAUUGGAGAAAAUCGCUUCACCUAUGCUUCAAAUAUGGUUACCAUACACCUCUCAUCGUGCACGGAUUGGAAAAACACCAAUGCCUUUAUUUUGAAAGCUAUACCACGGUCUAAUUAUACAUCCUUAAACAUCCAAGCAUGGAUUGAUCCAAUUGUGGAUUAUUUGAAACAGAGGAAUUUUGAAAUUUAUAAUAUUUCAGCAGAUUUUGCUGCAGAACAUGCCACUUUUUUUGGUCAACAAUUUGAGCUAAUGUUUGGAUUUUCUCAGACUGUAUUUAAACCAUUACCAUUCUUAAACAUUGGUGACCAAUAUUUGAAAGAAGUGUUGAUCCCUAUUCCAGAUAUACGUCACCUCCAAAGAAACCUGACGAAUCAAUUAAUUUCUCCCAAAAGAUUGAUUACAGUUGGUACAUUCGCAUGCUGCUUCAAUGACAUUUCUGAUUUACAUUCUAAUGAUAUUUCAACAACUCGAAUCUCUUUUCCAAAUGAUUUUUUUAAUCUCAACAAUAAGCAAAACCAAGAAAGAGCAGAUUUUUUAAUAUCAGAUUUAUGUAUUACUGCUUUGAAAAAGAACAUGGAUGCUUUUGGUAUGGUGUAUAUCUUGCAAGCCAUUCAAGAUGUUACAAUGUCCAUCAAAAGAAAAGAUUUGAACUCAUUUCAACGUUUGAGGCUUGUAUGUAGAGGUGGUUGGUUUCUCUUGCUUCAAGCACAUUUCGCAAUUUUUCAAAACAAUUAUGGAUCCGAUCAUACAUUUAGUAGACAAUCUAUUAAUGCUGUGUGCUAUUUAAUGAUCGGUUUGUGUUUGACAAUGUAUAGAGUUCAAUCAUCAUCCAACAACAGAGUAUUUUUGCCUUUUCAACUGCAAGAAUAUAUGAUCGAGAAUUUUUAUGGAGUGGCUCGACAACAUUGUGGCUCUAACACCAAUCUGAACGCUGAAAAUUUCUUGAAUGCUCUCAAUAAUUUUUUAAGUGCCUUAAUUGUUGGAUUACAAUUCAACAAAGAGAAAGAUCAAUCCACAAGAUUACCAUAUGAGUAUUAUUGUUGCUUCCCAUCACCAGAACAUAUUAAUUAUAUUGUUAUUGGUGAAUUUGAAAGAGCAUGUCGUACUUUUGCCAUGCUUGCAGACUGUUGUGAAUGA